GACCUGUGGUAGGUAGACUAUAUUAACCUGUGGUAGGUGGACUAUACUGACCUGUGGUAGGUAGACUGUGUAAAAGCGUAGUGUAUAAUGGAAGUACCGAAACACCUUGAUGUAGUGGAGGCCAUGCAAGAAGAUGAGGACAUUUAGCUAGCAUGGAAGAAAUUAGAGUAAAACCUGCAAAUGUAAACCAGAGAAACAACGCACUACCCUCCCCUGUGGCCAAUACAAAACCCUUCAAAAAUCAAUAACAAAAAGUUUGACAACCCACCGCUAUUUUGGGGCCCCUCAGUAUAUUGCGAUCUGUAGGAUCACAUUAGUGAAGGGAAUUAAGAAAUGUAUUAAAAUGUUGGAAAUGAACGAUGGAAUUAAACGAUUAACUAUGCAAAUGAGUGAAAGCAGUGUGCAUUAAGAAAAUAGAAGCCUGGCUCAAAUAGAAGCCUGUCUGUAAUAAAGCCCCUGUUGUUUCUAAGUGAUUUACCGGUAGGCAAAUAAACACCUAGGCUAAUUGAAGAUUUACGGUAGGCCAGGCUUCACAAGCUAUAGUAGCAUGGCACACCUUGAUCUGUUGUCUCUUGAUCUGUCCCUUAGCCUGGCUUAAUUCUGACACCAUUGUGUUGCGUGACUGUUUCAGUGGUACUGGGUCAGGAUGGCUGGAGUGUGACAUACACCACUCAGAGUAUCUGUACCUUGAAGGGGUCAACGGUGGAGCUGACCUGCUCUUACACAUAUCCCAGAGGUACAGUCACAUCAACCUACUGGUUCACUAAAAUGGAGACUGGUGUUGAACCUGAAGAUCUAGGUCAGGACCCAGUGUAUGCAGGUCGUCUGGAGUAUCAUGGGGAUAAGAAGAAUGGUCACACACUGAGAAUCACAGACUUGAGAGAGAGAGAGAGACUCUGCUGAGUACAAGUUCAGAUUUAUAACAGAUCAGACUGGAGGGAAAUAUAUUGGCAGUCCUGGAGUCAGUCUGUCUGUCACAGGUCUUCAGGUAAGGUGACUGGUGGACAUCAGGAUAAGACACUGACCUGUAUCACCACCUGUACUCUGACUGACAACCCCACCUACAUCUGGUACAAGAACGGACACAAAGUAAAGGAGGACACUUCCAGCCUGUACUCAGACUCCUUUAGUGAUGCAGACAGUUACUCCUGUGCUGUAAAAGGCCAUGAGGACCUUCACUCUCCUGCAGUGUGUCAGAAGUGUUGGAGUGUGACUUACACCCAUCAGAAUAUCUGUGCCUUGAAGGGGUCAACAGUGAACAUAUCCUGCUCUUACACAUAUCCCAGUAAUCAUGAGAUCAAAGCAGCUUUCUGGUUUACUAAACGGGAGUCUUACCUUGGGGAUAAGGAGAGUGACUGUACCCUGAGAAUCACAGAUCUGAGAUUGCGUGACUCUGCUGGGUACAUGUUCAGAUUCAUAAUAUCUGGAGAAAAGUUCUCUGGCUCACCUGUCUCCCUGACUGUCACAGAUGUUGUGUUGGAGAUGGAUCCUACAUCUGUGUCAGAGAGGGAGAAUGUGACACUGACAUGUAGAACCAACUGUACACUGGACCCCAUCACAGUCUACAGUUGGUUUAAGAAUGGACAGCCUAUACCAAACAGCAACACCUCCUCUCCUGUCUACAUCCUAUUCUCAGUCAGCAGUGAGGAUACAGGCAGAUUCUCCUGUGCUGUAGAAGGACAUGAGGAUCUCCCCUCUGCUGAAGAGACUCUCACUGUCAGAUAUGGCCCAAAGGACACCUCAGUGUCAGUCAGUCCCUCUGGUGAAAUAGUGGAGGGCAGUUCAGUGAAUCUGACCUGCAGCAGUGAUGCCAACCCACCUGUGGAAAACUACACCUGGUACAAGAGGAAUGUAACCUCACCAAAAGCAUCAGGACAGAGUUACACCAUCCAUAACGUCAGCUCUGAGGACAGAGAGGGAUACUACUGUGAGGCUCUGAACAUUAUAGGGAGAGAGACUAUCCCUGUCCAUAUUAAUGUUAUAUCAGUGUUUUCCUGGGUUCCUGUGAUGGGGGUGGGGGCUGUCCUGACUGCUGGAGCUCUGCUACUCACCAUCUACUGCUAUAUGAAGAGAUUCAGGGACUCCCCUGUGACACAGCCCCUCAGAUAGAUGCUGAGCCCUCCGAUUAUGAGAACUGGAGCGAACCACCAAAGAACCUGGAAAGUGACACAGACCCUCAGAUAGAUGUUGAGCCCUCCGAUUAUGAGAACUGGAGCGAACCACCAAAGAUCCUGGAAAGUGACACAUAUCCUCGGAUAGAUGCUGAGCCCUCCGAUUAUGAGAACUGGAGCGAACCACCACAUAACCUGGACUGAAGAGAACCACCACAGAACCUGGAUUGAAGAGAACCACCACAGUACCUGGACUGAAGAGAACCACCACAG